AUGUCUGUUCCGGCACAAACAAGAUCAUAUUCCACUAGUGAUAUCCGUAGAGGUACAGUACCGGAUGAACCUAGCAUGGAAACUUUAUUACAGCAGGCCAUCAAUGAGCGUAAUUUUCUGCGACAGCAAAACGAUCAAUUAUGGAAGAUAAUUGAGAAGCAAAAGACCGUAAUUAAUAACCUUCAGAAGGAUAACCAGAAACUCGUAUAUGAGAGAGAUCGACGUUAUUCCAAGCUAAAAGAUCCCGAUGUUCAAAAUCGACCAGAAUCUAUUCAAGAGGAUCCAAAGAGAAUGAGUGAAGUUACUUUGGUCAAUAACGAAAACGGCACGGUAACAACUUUACCUAUCCAAGACAAAGGUAUAGCCGAAAGUCCAACUGCAUACAAUUCGAAUUCAAUCGAGCCUGUCAAUCAAUUGAGUUCUCAAAGGCUUGGGUCGACUUCUGACGAGGGUGCGCAGGCUAGCGACGAGAAUGUUCAGCAACGUCCCGAACCGCAACAACCAUCACAAUUACCAACAGAAGCGUCAGUACAGUCAUCUGAACAACUCCUCAUCGACGAGCAAGAUAAUCACAAAUCUGAAAUCGAGCAGCAAGAUAAGCCGCAAUCUCAAAAUACCGGUGACCAAAUGGAUCCUGUUACGAAUUCAUUGCCAGCUUUGCCUCAAAUCGACAAUAGUCAAGAUGAUAAAACUGCCAUUGACCCUC